AUGCGUUUUUUAUUUUUAUUUAGAGCAUUUUCAGUGCAUUAUGAGACCAUACUCAUCUCCCGGACUACAAGUAACAUUCCCUCCAUGUAUAAGAUCUGCGAUGAUAACUCGCCAACGGCAGUAACUUUUCAUCAAACAAAUCCUUAAAUGAACUACGCACAUAGAAAAAUAGAAACAAAUUAUUCAGUCACUAUAUCCUUUGAUAUAACCACACUCCUUAUUAGUGUACGUGUUACGCCUCGCAUGGUAUAGUCCAACCAAUAGUCAUUUGUAGUGAGAAAGAGCAAAGUGAUUUUUAUUUUCUCUCCGUUUUUAUCACAUACUUUCCCGAUUUUAUCUGCCAUCGUUAGGAUGAAUGCACAAUCAAAUCCUAAUAAUCCCAAUGGACUUAAAAUUAUCGUCGCCGGGGAAAUUGCUCGCAAGAAAAUCAAUGUCAAUUUCAAGCAUGAGCCGAAAGAGAGUUGCUUGGGACGUUUACCAAUUUUAAAAGUAGACUGUACAGAAGAUGAACUAUUUAGUAUUAGUGCGGCUGUUCAAUAUAUUGCACCUGUCAGUGAACAAAAUAUUAUUACUGCUAAUAAAUGGCUUGAAUGGGAUGCUACACAAUUGCAGCCUGCAAUAGUAUCAUAUGGAGGCUCAGGAAAGUUGGAUGUAUCGCAUAAACCACGAGUUUGGUAUCUUCUGAAACAGCUGAAUACAGCAUUGAAAAAUGAACAGUACUUAAUUAAUGAUAAGUUAGAAAUAAAUAUAGUCGAUGCUUCAAUUUGGGUAACAUUAUGGUCUACUGUGGCUGUUACAGAUAAUGAAGUGAUUUCAAAAGAAUUUAUUAAUAUAGAUAAAUGGUUGAAGCAUGUUCAAAGCUUACCCACAAUUCAGCAAUCUCUGAAAAAAGUCAAACUUGAGAGAGGUAUUCCUGCAAUGAUUGCCAUGAGUGCAUCAUCAUGGUUCCCUGUCAACACCUAUACUGGACCAGGAAAAUCUAGUGGGAUGCCUGCAUGUAAAAUAAGUCCUAGUGAAGAAAAGGAGGUCAAAGUCAUUACUAAAGAAGAAAUUGCUUUUAUAAAACAGAAUUGGUUAUCUAAAUACCCUUCAAUCAAAACCGUUUCUCGUAUUAUACUACCUAAAAAGGGAGAAAGAAAUAUAUUAAUUACUUCAGCUCUUCCAUACGUGAACAAUGUUCCACACUUAGGAAAUAUAAUAGGUUGUGUUCUUUCUGCUGAUAUUUUUGCUCGAUAUUGUCGUCAAAGAAAUUAUAAUACACUUUACAUAAGUGGAACUGAUGAAUAUGGAACUGCAACUGAAGCAAAAGCUCUCGAAGAAAACUUGACUCCUCAACAGAUCUGCGAUAAGUAUUUUGAUAUUCACAAUGAAGUCUACAGGUGGUUUGGCAUUGGUUUUGAUCAUUUUGGCAGAACAUCAACAUCUGAACAGACAGAGCUUGUCCAAAAAAUGUUUUUGAGGAUAAAAGAUCAAGGCUAUAUUAACUCUAAUAGCAUAGAUCAAUUAUUGUGUGAAAAAUGUGAUAGAUUUCUUGCAGACAGAUUUGUUGAGGGAAUUUGUCCAGGAUGCAAGUAUGAAGAUGCCAGGGGUGAUCAGUGCGAUGGUUGUGGUCAUCUUGUCAAUGCUACAGAGCUGAUAAAACCUAGAUGUAAAAUAUGUGGAGAAUCGCCUAUUGUCAAGGCUUCUACACAAUUUUUUUUGGAUUUACCAAAGAUCGAAAAACAACUAAAGCAAUGGGCAUUAGGAGCAAUGUCAGGAUGGUCGGCGCCAGCACGUUCGGUUACGAAACCAUGGUUGAGAGAUCCUCUAAAAGAACGGUGCAUUACACGAGACCUGAAAUGGGGUGUUCCCGUACCCUUGGACGGUUAUAGAAACAAAGUGUUUUACGUAUGGUUUGAUGCUCCCAUCGGUUACAUCAGCAUCACCAAGAAAUACACGAAAGAUUUUGAGCAAUGGUGGAGACCUGAGGAUACAGAUGUUGAACUGUUUCAAUUUAUGGCCAAGGAUAACGUGCCUUUUCAUAGUAUUAUGUUUCCGGCCGCUCUUUUGGCUGCCAAUAUGAAGCAUCUCCUCGUAAAACAUAUUAUGGCUAUUGAAUAUCUGAAUUAUGAGGAUACCAAGUUCUCAAAAUCAAGAGGAAUUGGCGUAUUUGGCACAGAUGCACGAGAAACUGGCAUUUCAGCUGACGUCUGGCGUUUCUACUUGGCCUACAUUAGGCCUGAGACAAUGGAUUCCAAUUUUAAUUGGGUCGACUUGGCUACUAAGAACAACAGCGAAUUACUAAACAACCUUGGAAACUUUGUCAACAGAGCUCUCUCAUUCACUGAGAAAAACUAUAAUUCCCAAAUUCCACCAAUGGAGCUUCUUGAGGAUGAUCUCCAUGUUCUUGCUUUGGUACAGCGAGAGUUGACGAGCUAUAUUGCAUGUUUGGAGCAAACUAAAUUACGAGAUGGACUGAAGCAUGUAAUGGCUAUUUCAAAGCAUGGAAACCAAUACAUGCAAGCUCAAGAACCGUGGUUUAAGAUCAAGGGAACCGAAGAAGAUAAGAAAAAAGGUGCUACGGUUAUAGGUGUAAGCUGCAAUAUUGCUUGUCUUCUUUCUGCACUUCUGGCUCCAUAUAUGCCAAGCACAACUCGUGAGUUGAGAGCUCAACUGGGGCUGCCAAAAGAAGACUAUGGUUAUAUACCAGAAGUUUUGUCGAUUAUACUGCCAGCUGGUCAUGCGAUCGGUAAACCGUCACCGUUAUUCUCUAAAAUUGAAGACAAACAAAUUGAUGAGUUGAGGCAGAAGUACGGUGGUCGACAAGAAUCGACACCGCCACGGGAUACUGCUCAGGCACCUAUAGAUAUUGUUUCUUUAGAGGCAGCAAUUGUGAAACAAGGCCUCAAAGUGAGGGACCUUAAAGCUAAAAGUGAUAAGAGUGUUUGGAUGCCAGAAGUAGUAAUUCUUACAGAUUUGAAAAAUAAGCUGGCCGAAGCUCAAAGUAAAAGCGGUCAAGCUGCAACUAAUUUUCAACCAAUACCCAAAAGCCAAAGUACUGAUAUAGUUACUGCCAACAUCGCUGUUCUUGAAGCGGAAAUCAUAAAACAAGGAAACGUUGUACGAGAACUGAAGGCUAAGGCUGACAAAAGCGUAUGGCAACCUCAAGUGGAUAUUUUAUUGCAGUUAAAACAAUUAUUAUCAACGUUGACAGGCGCACCGGCUACAGCGCCUGCCGAAAAGAAGUCGAAAAAGAAAAAGUGAAUUCGUAAGAAAAUGCGACCGUGAGAUUUUUAUUUGGUAUGAAUGAGUAUAUUUAGAUCGAUUUAAAAAUUUUUUUUUUCGAUGGAUUGUGUAUUCAAUUUUGUACCAAUAUGAUUAUUUAAAGACAGCAUUACACACAUAAUAAAAAUUUUUUUUUCAUUUAUCUGCUAUCAUUUUUAAUUUAAUAUUUCCUAAAAUUUGGGCAUCUUGAUUAUUUUGAAAAUUUGGUUAUGUGUUACUGAAUACAAGAUAUAUAUUUAGUGGUAGAUGAAUAUCACAAUUCAUGUACUCUACUUUUGUAUGUAUUACGAUGUAAUAUUUACACCUUUUACUUUCUUGCUUAGUGGAGUAAUAUAUUUGUACAUUGUCUCGCCAGAAUUGUUUAGUUUUAUUUUAUGAAAAGUAUUAUUUCCAAUAGAAUAGUUUUUUCACUUCUCAACGGUAUGACUUCUCUUUCUGUUAAUAUAAAUUGUAUGAAAUUUUAUCAUCAGCAGAAAUAUUAAAAUUAUAUUCAACUGAUUUUUUAUUUAAUUAUUUGGAA